AUGUUACUCUUCUAUCUAUCUAUCUAUCUAUCUAUCUAUCUAUCUAUCUAUCUAUCUAUCUAUCUCCUUGAAAGAAGAAUAGAAACAUCUAUCUAUCUAUUUUUUUCCAAGAAGAAAGAAGAAAAGAAACAUGUUGAGUUUUCUUUCUUUCAUUUCUAUUUCCCCAACUACUGUAUCCAUUUUUCUUUUCUUUCUUUCUAUAAUACUUUCUUUUCUUUUUCCUUCUUUUCAUUAUCUUUCAUUUCUUUUCUUUUUAUCUAUCUAUCUAUUUUCUUCCAAGAAGAAAAAAACAGGUUAUCAUGUUGUGUUUUCUUUCUUUCUUUCUUUCUUUCUUUCUUUCUUUCUUUCUUUCUUUCUUUCUUUUCUACUUCCCCCACCACUGUGUCUAUUUUUCUUUUCUUUCUUUUUAUAAUUCUUUCUUUUCUUUUUCCUUCUUUUCAUUAUCUUUCAUUCCUUUUCUUUCUUUGUCUCUCUUUUUUCUUCUGUAAGAAUGAAGAAAAGAAAAGAAACAAGCAUCAUGUUGAGAUUUUUCUUUUUUUUUUCUUGCUUUCUUUCCCUUUCUUUCUUUCUUUCUUUCUUUCUUUCUUUCUUUCUUUCUUUCUUUCUUAUCUUCUUUCUUUUUAG